UGGAUUGCCUUUGAGUACUCUCGAGACCGAGUCAAGAUGGAGUACACGAUCCGCUGCGACGUCGAGUCGGUCAACAUUGACGAGCUCUCGCCCGAGUUCAAGCAGGAAAACUGCGUCUACCCAAGAGCGUGCUGCCCCAAGGACCAGUACCGCGGAAACCGUCUCAUCUACGAGACCGACUGCAACAGGGUCGGCUGGGCCUUGGCACAGCUCAACAUCCCUCUGCGCGGCAAGCGAGGUCUGAUCCAGCGCGCCGUGGACAGCUGGCGCAACAGCAACCAAGAUCCCCGGCUCCGAAGCCGACGAGUCCGCCGUAUGGCCAAGAUGAACAGCCGCAAGCAGCAGCAGCAGGUCCAGGGCGCUCCGCACCCCGGCGCCCACAUGUCGGGCCCUGGUGGACCAGGAGGCCUUUCUGCCGCUCCCGCACCCAUGCCCACAGCUCAUGCACCCAACAUGGGCAAGCCAACGAUAGGCAGCAUGGGGCAGCCUAUGCACCAUCACCAUGCCGGGGGCCACCCUGACGGCGCACCGGGUGGAGAAGAAGUCGGUAUGUUUCACCAGAUGUGAUUUCUUGCUGUCGCAUCUGCUGUAUUUGCAUCACUUUUGCUUUGCAAACCUCACUAGACAGUUUUUACGCCGUCGAAACGUUGUGUUGAUUUAAUGAUACCAACUCAUUUUUAACCCACUGCCAAAAAGCACUUUACACUCUUGUUUGAAGGGGGGCCCCUCUUUAUUUAUCGGCCCCUUUUGCUUUUUACUGCUGGUUUUUUUAUAUCAUUUCUUUACCUUUUUUCCUUUUUCCUUUUUCCCUCUUCGGCUCUCUAUGACUCUUAGGAAUUGGGGUACUGUAACAAUUUUUUGUGUUCUUGACGUCUUUUUGUUAAAUAGCAAUGGGCCGGCUUCGCUUGUCUUACCGCGCAUCAUAUUACCUAUCUUAUACAGCAUGCCUUAAUGGCAAGAGGUCGAUAGUCGGUCCCUCGGUUGGCACAAUCCUGUAUAUUACCAUAAAAGUCGCAUCGGCUGCCGCUGCUGUCAAGUUGUCUGCUUUUGCUGCUGGUUUUCGCGCGACUCUUAGAUGAGUUCAAAUACGCCUUAAGGCUAUAAAAAGUUAUCCCCCCCUUCCUCCCGCUGGCAGCUCAGAUUGCUAUGGCUAAUUAGGGGUUCAUUCAAUUACGCAUCU